UAAGCUCGGGGCGCUUAUUUGUUUAUGCUGCAUUUUAUGAAAUUCGUCUCCAAUGUAUGGCUUGUUCUCAUUGAGUCGUGGGUUCCCUUUGUGUCGUGGUUAUAGAGAUCGCGUGAAAUCACUUGAAAGAACGUUCGCAGGCGCUGCAGUUCGUUCCGGUAAAAAGUUUGACAGAAUCGGCGUUCAUUUUACAGAUCGAAAAUGCGUCAAAAACAGAAACAACCUAUCAGACUGAUGAAAUGCAAGGCAUAUUCUAGGGAAAUGAUGAUGAGUGCAUACAAGGCAGUGAAAGAUGACCAUUUGCCAGUUGAUAGAGCAGCAAUCAUGUAUGGUGUGCCAAAACAAACACUGAGGGACAGAGUGUUGAACAAAGUCAAGAUCAGCUCAAGGUGGGGAAAAGAUUCAUUAUUCACCCAUGAAGAAGAAGAAUUGCUUGUUAGCCAUCUGGAAGGGUUGGCCCAGGUUGGGUAUGGCAUUAAUCGCUCUCAGUUGAACAUUCUUGCAGGUGAUUUGGCUGUGAAACUGGGUAGACGUUUAACUGACUCCAAACUAAGCAACAACUGGUAUUAUGCAUUCUUGAGACGAUGGACACACAGGCUGAAAGUCAUUAAACCAAGGGGUCUUUCAUCAACAAGAGCAGCCGCUGUCACACAGGAGAAUAUUGACAGCUACUUCAGGGAUUUGGAUGCUUUUCUUACCAAGUACUCCCUGAAGUGUAAGCCACAUCUAAUUUAUAAUCUGGAUGAGACUGGCAUUCAGCCAGAGCAUCGACCAUCAAAGGUUAUCACAGGAGUUUCGUCAAGCAAAACUCAAGCUGUCACCUCUCCGAAUACAGGCACCACAACCAUUGUAGCGUGCGUAAAUGCGGCCGGAACAGCUCUACCCCCUUACUAUGUGUUCAAGGGAAAACGGACAAACGAUGACCUAUUGAAAAAUGCAGCAGUUGGUGCCAACUACGCCAUGUCGGAUUCUGGAUGGGUAAACGGGGAGGUAUUGAUGAAGUACCUUGAAGAACACUUUCUGAAAUUUGUUCAACGAGGAUCAGGCGACAUUUCCCAACCUAUACUGCUCAUAUAUGAUGGCCAUGCUUCACAUGUCUCCAUUGACAUAGUCAACUGGGCAAGAGAGCACAAUGUCAUACUGUUUGUGCUACCCCCACACAGUUCUCAUGCCCUCCAACCAUUGGACAUUACAUGUUUUGGGCCGUUCAAGUCUAUUUUCCACAAUGAAUGCCAUCUAUACAUGGCUAAGCAGAGGGGAAGAGUCAUAACAAAAUAUGACAUAGCUGACUUGUCCGGGAAGGCUUACUUAAAAUCCAUGACACCAGCAACAAUCCAGUCUGGAUUCCGGAAAGCUGGCAUAUCGCCAUUUGAUCCGACAAAAGUACCAGCAGAAAUGAUAGUGCCGUCUAAAUCAUUCCCCAAAAUCAUUCCAGAAUUGCCAAUUAGGACCAUGAAAGAGCUCCUAGAUGAAAAGUUAAUGGAAACAGCUCCAAAAGCCAAACUUGAAAAACCAAAAGCUAAUAAAAAUAAGACACAGGACAAAAAGAAGAAACCAAAAAUGGGUGGAAAGGCCAUUACAGAAGACUGUACAUACUUUCAAAACAAAAUUUGCACAAAUCACCCCAACCAAGCACAAGCAAAGGAAAUAUCGUGGACUCUGACAUUGAAAGCGAAAUUGAAGACGAAGAUCCAGCUAACAACUGUUGUAUAUGCAAGAAGUUUUCACCGCCAGGAUUGGAUCAGUGUGAUGAACUUGUGAUCGUCAAAUGGGCCCAGUGCACAGCGUGUGGUCAUUGGUGCCAUCUGCGAUUUUGUUCACAGAUCAGAGUAGUGCGCCGGCUAUCUGAUUUCUUCUGUCCGCAUUGUGCUGAAAGAGAGUGUUAAAUCUUUUGACAGUUACUGCAUCUGUUAGGUUGUUUAAAUAGUAUUUUUAUUAAAUUGUUAUGGAUCAGUUAAUUUCAUUCCAUCAGUAUUUAAUGUUUAUAAUUGUUUUUGUUGUUGUGUAAAUAGUAAGUGACUAUCAAGUAAUUAUUGAGUUUAUGCACAGCAAUGACUUUUGCAUAUUUGUCAAUAAAAUCAAUUGUGAAGAUAUUUUGCAAUAACUGUUUAUUGACUUUUCUUGCAUUAGCUUUAUUAACAGAAUUUUGCUGUUUUAAUUCUUAAUUAUUGAUCAACUAAUUUGU